UUUCUACUCGCAAAACAACAUCUAUUCUCUUGUGUUCUAAUCUUUCUAAACAAAAUGUCUCUCACAAAAAUAUCCCUGUUGCCUAUAUUGGCUCUGUGCUUGAUAUCUGCACAAGCAGCAAGGUUUGACAUCGUCAACCAAUGCCCCUACACCGUCUGGCCAGCUGCCACUCCCUACGGUGGUGGCGUGCAGUUGAAUCCCGGCCAAGUAUGGAACCUAGACAUCCCAGCUGGAACCUCAUCGGCCCGAAUUUGGGGCCGAACCGGUUGCGACUUCGACGGUUCAGGCCGAGGCAACUGCCAGACCGGUGGCUGCGGAGGUGACCUCAGAUGCAGAUUAUCCGGUCAACCUCCUCUCACACUUGCAGAAUUCACCCUUAAUGGUGGAAACAAUUUGGAUUACUAUGAUAUAUCUGUGAUUGAUGGUUUCAAUGUUCCAAUGCAAUUUGCUCCAACCUCUAAUGGAUGCAACAAUGUACGAGAUUGCAGAUACUCUUCUUGCCCUGAUGCGUAUCAGUAUCCGAGUGAUAACACUAAAACAGUUGCAUGCCCAGGUGGUACCAACUAUAGAGUUGUGUUCUGCCCUUGAAAUAUAUGUUGAACCUAUAUGAUAUAUAUCUUCACCACCCUUUUAUGUUUCUUUCUACAGCAAAGAAACAAAAUAUAGAAUAAUAUUGGGUGUUUGCGUUAUGUGUGAUAUGUACAACAAUAUUGCUUAAGUUACUCGUGAAAUUAUAAACAUAUAUUUUCUCGAGAAGGCAAUAUGGAAUAAAUUGUCUUAUUUA